UCUGGUUAUAGAUGAAUUUCAUAAUGAGAUAGUAAGUAAAACCUUGCAUUACAGUACAGCUUUUAAGUACAGUAGUUGCGGUGCUGUCAAGUUUUAGUUUAAGUUACUUAAAGACAAAACCGGAAAUGAAAUGAAAAAAAACAAGCUUGUAUUUGAUACGGCGCUGGACACACGUUGAAGUGGGACAGAAUACAGUCAUUAAACACAAAAUAAUUGUAAUUAUAUUAUGUUAAAAGUUGUAGUUUAGUUUUAUAAACCUUUGUACUAGUCACUGCUGCAGUUGGGUAAUGUUUUAAUGUUGAAACAACAAGCGGAAACGUAUUUGACCAAUACCGUCGUUCUUAUACGGCACGUGGAAACGUGACCGGUUUUCAGUCUUGACAAUCAAAAAGCGAGUGGUGUUCGUUUGCAAUAUAAAUGUCAACGCAUUUUUAUAAUGCCAACGUCGUUUGCUGUUGCUAAUAUAAAAUAAAUAAGAGGGAAAACUGUCGCACGAUGAACAGAGAAGGAGACAGAUGCGGAAAGAAUGCGCCCAAGAGCCAGAAGCCAUCCAGGGUAUCCCAACAAGGAACCAUCCAGAGAAGGAAAAAGGAUCCCACAUCGGAAGAGAGCCAAAGUGGUGGGCAGCCAAGAGCUACAUCGCUAGGUCAUCGUGGCUUUGGGAAAGAGGGGAAAACAACGGGGAAACGUCCGCAGAGCGCCGUGGCGGAAUGCCAGAGACGCCCCGGUACCCAGAGGAAACUCUCCGACGCCAGCAACACGUCGGAGGAUCUGAGCAAAGACUCCGGCUGCUUGUCGGGGAAACCCUCCUCCGACAGCAGCUCGGAAAUAUCCGAUUGUACGUGGGAGGGCAACAAGCGCGACUCUCCCAUCAGCGACAAUGAAUUAAGCUGGACAGACAGGAGAGCUUACGAGGGGCAGGUUUGUGGCGAUAAAGACGACUACUGCAAAGAGCGCGUAAAAACAGCGCACACUGCUUGCUCUCCUCCCCUGAAUGCUGUUGGAGGAGCCCUCACUUUGAUCAACUCUUCAGGGGCCGUUAUGGAUCUCUUGAUGGCAGACUCCACCGAUGACCUGGUCAGGGAGGUGGAAGAUUUGAGGUCAGAGAAUGAGUAUUUGCGGGAUGAGGUGGAGGAGCUGCGCUGCGAGAUGUUGGAGAUGCGUGACAUGUUCCAGGAGAAGGAGUUACGCCAGCUGCAGGAUCUGCGUCAGCAGCUGGGGCAGGCCAACAAGACGCGCCGCAUCCUUCAGUACCGUCUCCGCAAGGCCGAGCGACGCAGCAUCAGAGUGGCCCAGACCGGCCAGGCGGACGGGGAGCUGGUCAG